UAGGGUUAAGCCCUACCCAUUUAUUCUCUCCUCUCUCUAACAAGUUCAACCAACCAGAAAACUGCUCCUUUCUAUAUUAUAAUACUACAUAGUACCUUCCACCAACUUCUCCCUCUCUCCCUCCACAAACAUGCACCCCACAUUAGAUCUCUUAGAAACAGAAAAAAUUAAAAAAAGGCAAAAAAAAAAACAAACAAACAAAAAACAAAGACAUUCCCCCCAUUUCACCAGAAGAAAAACAAACCCACCCCAAACCAACUCCCAAAAUACUCUUUUGUUGCAAAUCACAAAUUUUGGGAGAAGAUGGUUUUCUCCCCCCCUCCUCCUCCUCCUCCCCCUUAUUCAAGCCCCCAUUUUUGCUUCUCUUCAUCUCCUAACUCCAUUUCCUUGUUUUGGUUUCUUCAACCACCUCUCUUAGGCCUCAAUUCACCAAAAAAGCUCCCAACUUUCCCUCUCUUCCUCACUUCCUAACCUUGUUUCCUUUUGGGGUUUCUUCACUCUUCCCCUUUGAAGCUCAAUUCACCAAAAAAGCUCCCACCUUUCCCACUCUUUCUCAUCAUUUUCCCUUUUUUUGUGUUUCUUCUACCUCCUCCUCUAUAGUUCCAUUCAACAAAAAAAGCUCCCACCUUUCCCUUUCUUUUCAUCUCCUACACUUGAUUCUCCAACAAAGCUUCCCCCUUUCCCACUCCAAUUCCACAUUUUCCAUAGUGGGUUUCUUCGACUUGAGGGAUGAUCCGGACCGGCCUGUUGCUCUGCGAUCCAAGUUCGAGGCGUUGAGCAGUGUGAUGGUCCGGUUCCUGAAGAGGGGGCACAGCCUUGAGAAGUGGUCGCGAGGUGGUGCGAAGGAGAUGUUCGAAAUCGGUGGUGUGGGCGGGAAUGGUUCAGCGGCUGCAGCAUCGACUGGCGGGGCAUCGGAGACAACUGUAAGGUCUCGCCAUGGCGGUGCCGCCGCCAAUGGUGGUCGGGAGGGGCCUCCUUCAGAUAUGGAGCUAAUGAAGGAGAGAUUCGCGAAGCUUCUUCUUGGAGAGGACAUGUCAGGCUCCGGAAAAGGAGUUUCCUCAGCUCUUGCUAUCUCCAAUGCCAUCACAAAUCUCGCCGCCUCAGUUUUCGGUGAACACCGGAAAUUGGAACCAAUACCUCCCGAGUUGAGGGCACGAUGGAGGAAAGAAGUCGAUUGGCUUCUAUCCGUCACUGAUCACAUUGUCGAGUUUGUUCCUUCGGCACAGACAACAAAAGAUGGACAAAGCAUGGAGAUAAUGAUAACCCAGCAACGAAGAGAUCUUCAGAUGAACAUCCCUGCAUUGAAAAAGCUAGAUGCGAUGCUCAUAGGUUUUCUCGACAACUUUAAAGAUCAGACUGAAUUUUGGUAUGUAAAGGCCGACAGUGAAGAGUCGGAUGAGGGGAGUGCUCAAAGGAAAGGCGACAAGUGGUGGCUUCCAACUGUGAAAGUCCCGUCUAACGGUCUUUCUGAGAUGUCGAGAAAAUGGCUGCAAUACCAAAAGGAGUCUGCGAACCAAGUGCUCAAGGCGGCUAUGGCGAUAAAUGCUCAGGUUCUUAUGGAAAUGGAGGUCCCUGAGGUCUACAUUGAAUCACUACCAAGGAAUGGGAGGGCAAGCCUUGGAGAUGUGAUAUACAAGAGCAUAACAGUUGAUACUGACUUCGACCCUGAGGAAUUCCUCGCAUCGAUGGACCUGUCGACGGAGCACAAUGUCCUCGACCUCAAGAACCGAAUCGAGGCGUCUAUAGUCAUUUGGAAGAGGAAGAUGCACAACAAGGAUGGCAAGUCCUCAUGGGGUUCGAUGGUCAGCCUGGAGAAGCGGGAGGCGUUCGAAGAGAGAGCAGAGACCAUCUUACAUCUCCUCAAGCACAAAUUCCCUGGCAUCCCUCAGUCCUCCCUCGACAUCAGCAAGAUCCAAUACAAUAAAGACGCCGGGCACGCCAUUCUUGAAAGCUACUCACGUAUUCUAGAAAGCUUAGCAUUCAGCGUGAUGUCGCGAAUUGAAGACGUCCUCUACGCCGAUUCCCUCACUCAAGACCCAUCCCUCAAGGACUCAACCAGAAGGUACUCGUUAUCAGAUUCGGAGACACCGGCAGGACCCGCGAAGAAAUUGGACCCCAAAGUAGAGAUGGAGAAGUUGAAAGAAGCGCCGAAUUCAAUGACACUAUGGGACUUCAUGGGUUGGCAUUUCGAUUCGGAGGAAUCCAAAACGAAGGAAGAUGAGACCGCGGACUUGAAGAAGCCACCAAAAAUCGAGCCAACCAAGAAAUUUUCUUAUAUAGAGAAAGUUGAGCACUUGGGGGGCUUGAGAAGCCCGACGGCUCGUCAUUAAGGGAGAUUUUUUAGAGUAAAAGGAAUUGGAUACAGCUAUGGAUUUGAAUGUAAAUAGUUGUUAGAGCAAUGGUAGAUCUCGCAGUCGAGUGAUUCUUCCAUCCCUCUUGUAGAAAGGGAACUGUUAUUCUUUUUCUUUCUUUUCUCUUUUUUCCUUCUUUUUGGUUUGAUGCACUGGGUGAUUUUCUUUUUUUUUUUUCCUUUCCUCAGAAACCAUUUGUAUACUGUUUUGGCAACCGAUUCUCGCAAUCUGUAGCUGCUGCUGAUUUUCAUCUUGAGUAAAAUCUAGAAGUUUGCA